AUGGCCCUUGGUCUGCGACACAUCGGCGGGCGUCACGCCCUCGCCCUAGUAGUAGCGAUCCCAUGCGCCUUAGUCGUAAAACACGGUUGCGAGGUCUACACAAGUAUUCGAGCGGUUUACACGCGACGGGUAGUCUCUAGUAGUGGCCUUUCAGAAAACUUCAAACAAUCGCAUACUCUCAAGACUCUAGUAAAUCCCAGAGGACAUGCCUCAUCAGCAGACAGGCUAGCUCUAGAUUUAGACCUACCCAAGAACGCAAGAGACUUAAGCGACGAAGUAUUAUUGGCGACUUUCAUCCAUGGGUUUUUUGCGGGCAAGGUUUUGGCAAUCGAGAGGCUUCUGCUGCAGACGGCACGGCCGACUUUGGUGUCCUACGCUGGACUCAAUCCGAUUUCGGCGUCAAACCAGAUAUGGAAAACUGAAGAAAUUUCAUGCAAGACACUCCCACCAGUGCAUUCCGUAGUCUUUGGCACGUUUCAAGUCAGCCACGUCAAGCUCAUCGAUUCCAAAGAGUCACAAGCGGAGCCGGAAACAGAAAGUAGCGUUGACUUUGUAUUCGGGAAAGACAUCAGUCAAUUUGCAGGUGCUCAUCGGUUCAGCAUUGUCAGAAGUUCUGAAAAUCCAGCAAGAGUCAAAGUCGUCUAUGAAUCAACGGCUUGCAACCCGACUCGAAAUCACCACCUGUCCGGCAUCCUAUUGCAGUUCCACAGCUUUUACGCAAUGCUGCUGUUCCGUGAGGGGGUAUCGGAAAUCUUGCGAAUGCCUGAGCUGAGUGCGUAA